UUUCAUUCUAUUCAUCUUCCAAUAUCAUCUUUUCUUUUCUCUUUUCAGCAUAUCCUUUAUGAUCUCCCUAUAGCAUCAAGAAAGAUUAACAAAAAUCAUGAAAUUCGGCAAAUCGUAUAUGGAAACUUUGGCAAGUCCCUCUUUUCCAAAAGAAUGGCGGGAAGGCGCAAUCGAAUAUAAACAAUUAAAGAAAUUGAUUAAUGGCGUAGUUGCUGAACUUGAAUCUUUAGGUUUAGGAGCAGAUGUCUUACGUGAUCUGAUUGUUCCAAAUGGUGAGCAAGAUCUCGAAAGCGAAGUCAAAAGUGGCUCGGACGAAGAUGAACCUUUGGAAAGGUUACAAGAUGAUAAUGAACAAGUAAAUAGUAGAGAUAAACCCGCAUUAAACAUUCUUGACGUUUACGAUCGGCCUUCGGAUACAUCUAUGGACAGAAACGAAAAUAAUUCUUCUAAUUCAAUCAAUCAUUAUCGACAUCUACAACGAGGAGAUUCAUCUUCACACGACAUCAGUCUCGGUAGUAGCGCGGAUGAUUGCGAUGAAUGCGCCAAAGAUUUACUCCGUCAUACUUCCAAGAAUCAACAUACAGAUUCACCUGCAGCUGAUUGGGUUGCGCAUAUUGCACAUGCUAAACAUUCGAGGGCACGUAGACGGUCAAGUCGUAGAGAAAAGUCACCUCUGAAUGAGAGGGAGGACAAAAGCAAUAAUUCGCAAUUCCUUGAUGCAAAUCCCACAAAAUUUCUUCGACCAUCGACAGCUCAAAGCGCCCCGUUAUCUACUUCUUUUGAUGGGUCUGCCAUUCAUUCAGAUACGUAUCCUGGUCAAAUAACAAGUGGAGAUGAUAGCGGUCAGCCGGCGGAUCACCGACCACCAAAUCGUAUGGGAAAAAAACAACUGGAAGAAUUACGAAGACGAUACAGCUCGGUAGAUGGCAUGCAUUCUUAUCGUGCUAGCAACGUGAGUGCAAACAGCAAAGCGAAAGAUCGUGUACACGAUUGGGGUGGUCAUGCGUGGCGAGAACGUGCAUCUUUGCCGAUCAAAGCGAAUGAUGGAAUAACUGCGCAAAAGAAGACAUCGGGAAAAGGACAUGUGAAACGAUGGGUGAUGGGCAAGGAUGGCAGAAGAGCUAGAGCAGAAUACGAAUUAGGAGGUACGAGUGAAAAGCCAGUUCCUCGGAUUCGGUUGUAUGUUGAAUCACCCAUUCAAUCUGAUGAUGAGGUUGAUGAUGGCGGUGAAGCUGAUUCGGAAGGUGAAAGUGAAGAUGACGCAAUUGAAUCAGAUAAGGAAGUAGAGAAUGAUGAUGAUAAUGCCGCAAGGUUCACGGAACUAGGUAACUCACCUCGUGGUAGUAUUGGAUCAAGUACGAUCAAACCUUUGCAAGGACAUCCAAGAUCGCCAAUCAUAAGAUCAACGAACGAAAACGGCGGAAAGAAACGGGUACGCACGCGUGAGAUCAUCAUUCCUUUAAAUGCGGACACUGAAUUCCUUGAUACAUUAACGGGAGCUUUGAGUAAUCUUUCUUCUUUGCAAGAAACACAAAGAAAAGAGUUUCAACGAAGCACGGAAGCUCUUUGUAGUGCUGUAUCCAAAGUUGCAAGUCCAUACGGAAACAAGAAUGAUUUGUAUGCAUGGCGUGAAAUUUUCUCAUUAUGGUGCGAAUUGCAAAUCUUUGAAUCCCAACGUGAAAAGGAUCGUGGAGAGUUGAGCGUUGAUGAAACGGAAGCAAGACUUAAAAAGUUUGCAGAAGAAUUGGCAAAACGUGGAUGGAAUACUGAAGCUUUUGCGAUGGAAGCAAGUCAAAAGGAAUUGAAAGGAGAUGCCUCUGUCCAAAAGAAGAAAGGCAAAUUUGCCGGCAAGUUGACAAAAUGGAAAAGUGAAAAUAACAAAACUACUGCAGGGGCAUUGCCGAUGAAGGAUGCUAAAAGUAUUGCUGCUUUGGAAGAUUUCAUUAAGCUUAAUUUGGCCCUUUUGGAUGUGAAAAAGUUCCAAAGGGUCAACAUAGAAGCGGCACGGAAAAUAUUGAAGAAGCACGAUAAACGGACAGCAUUAACGGCAAGUAGCGACUUAGGCAUUUUUGUCGAACAUGAAGAAAGGAUGAGAAAAGCUGCUGCUUCUGCUGCUGCUGGAGUGGGAAUUUCAAGUUUGGUCAAUAUACCAGAACAAAGUGUUGCUUCCAAUCAUGCCAUCAUCUCUUCUCAUGGAGCUUCUACUCAUCCAUCAUUGGCUGCUCUUUUGCCUUCUUCAACUUCAGCUCUCAUGUCAGCCUCUUUGCCGCACAUCCUCCUUUCACUCAUGACGACCGAGCUUUUACCAAUCCUUCCUAGCAUUGACGAUUACAGUUGCGCAAUCUGUACAGGUGUUGCAUGGAGACCGAUCAAAUUGGACUGUGGUCAUUUGUUCUGCAUUCGUUGUUUGGUAAAGUUGCAAAAGCAAGGAAAGAAUGAUUGUCCGAUGUGUCGUGCGCCGGGUGCGGUCGGAUCGGCAGAUGAGAGAAACAUGGAUGCGGAAAUGGUGGAUUAUUUACGUGAUUGGUUUCCAAAAGAAGUGGAUGAAAAGGAUAAAGAGAACGAAAGGGAUCGUCACAAAGAAGAGAUGUUAGAAUUGGGUCUAGCAUUAGAAAAUGAGAAAUGCAACAUCAUGUGAUAGAAUACUAUUCUUUCUUUGUUGCAUAUUAUUGUCACGUUAUUCGGAUGGACUACAAGAUUAUCCGAUCCUGCUCGAAAUGGUUGUGUUUGUAUUAAUGGAAUAUUCAUGGAUGCUCUUGAUUGGUGUGUGAUCAAAAUUACUGCGGUUAAACAACACAGGAUGUCAUCACCGAAGUCGAAUUAGCAGUGUUACUUUUCAGCACUGCCUUUCAUAAUUUAUCCUUUCGUGUUUGUUGUACCUAUUAUACGAUGGUCAAUUGCUUAUCUUCAACAUGUUCUCAAGAUGAAGUUACUCAUGGGGAUGAAUGAUGUUAUCAUUACAAGCGUUGAGCCAAUGAAAUGUUCGGGCAACGUUUGCUGCAGCUAUAACUAUUAACAAAUCGACACUGCUCUAACGCCUUUGUGAUGUAAAAAUGCUAUUCAAUGCAUUACACCGCUGUUGGAUAAAUAUAGUUACUAUGUAUGCAAGCCUCUCCUCCAGAUCUAAAUGCAAGCAAG